UUAUAUACAUAGAGAACAUGAAACAAUGGGUGUUACCAUACGCACUGUAACCAGAGUGAUCAGGGAGGUUCUGCAGCUGAACUGGGACAGCCCAUGGGAGAUCCUACCCCACUACCAAACAACCUUCUCUGGGAACCACGAGUGGGAGGAGAGGUCCCAGUUCAGGCAAGUGCACACAUGGCUUUAGAAACUAUGUCUGAUUAUAGACUCUCUCUGUUUUUUUGUCACAUCCAGGGCCAGCCCUAGGUGUUUUGCCCUGGCAGAAAAUGUUUUCGCCAGCACUCCUGCCAUACUCCCCCCACCCCCAAGCCAAACAGCCAAGCGAAAAAAACCCAAACUAACAAAAACGGUGGAUUGGCAAAAUUGUGCCUCCCCAGAUUCUGAUUUGGGACCCCCUGGAAGUUGGUGCCCUGCUUGACUGCCCUGAUUGCCUGCCGCUGAGGCCAGCCCAGGCCACAUGGUGUGUAUCAGUGUAGACAACAGUACAACAGCUGCGGUAUACAUGCAGUGCCUUUAGCUGUAAGGUUGGGACGUUCACAAACUCUGCCUCCUGCCCACCAUUCAUCAGGUGAACUAAGUAUGCUCACUUCACACACAUCCCCAACCCAGGGGCAUCAGUCUGGGAUCUAUCCGUAAAAGGCUUUGUCGACACAAUGAGCUAGGGGUGUGAUGUCCCUGCUCGGGAGAGCUAGCAUGACCACAUGUGCAAUCAUUGAGCUAGCACGCUAUUUAUACUUACUGGAGAUUCAUGUUUUCCAGCUAUACUUUGCCAUCCUGUGGGCUAGAAUUUUUUUUUUUUAAAAUGAGGCAGAGAUUCUCACUUGAUCAUGAUCACACAACACCAGGAGCUGGGGCUUUAAGAAAAAAGACCACCCCGCCCACCCCCCAAAUAUCAUAAGACUAAAACAGUGAGAGUUGCCAACACUGUAUACAAGCAUGAGGCCAUCAAGCAUAAGCUCACAGUGGUGGCAAAAUAUGGCAGAUGAAAAACUGUAAAGACAGAACCUGAUCAUGCAUCUCUCUUCCUGUUUCCAUAGUUUGACCAAGGACUCCACAACCAACUCCAGCCCCAGAACCAGUAACCCUUGUUUCUAUACUGCUUCAUCUUUAAGCAUGUUGUUUACACAGGGAGGGAGCCAAUUUUCUAUUUUGUUAUAAAUCACUACUUGUUUUGCUUUGCCAUUGUGCUCUGUUUCAUUUUCAAGAAAAUUUUCUUGGCUUACAAAAAUAAGAAAUAAUGUUCCUAAAGCAACAGCACAUUCACUACAGCUAAUACAGAUGCGGAUGUAUCCACACUUUCACAGCUCCUCAUCUUUGUUAUCCCACCCUUGCUACACCUAGCAUUUUUACCUAGCAAUGAUCUAACUUGUGCAAGCUUAACUUACUCCCUCUUUUGAAUAUUGCAGCUGAAUAUCAUUGUUCAAUUUCAUGUUCUCCCAUUAACAUAUUCAGCAGAAUUCUGGCACUUUCACUUACACUUAUAAAGUGACAUGUACUAAAUCACUUUUGAAUGUGUCUUUGUCCAUUUAUUCUCACUUCCUUGGCAGAACUAUGUGGUCAUUUACUCUUGGUGUUUGCUCAGUGAGUGGAUUGACUUGUUCCUAUCUGGGGUGUGCCACUCUUUCCCAAGAAAGAGGACCUGAAGAAGAGUUCUGUGUGAGCUUGAAAGCUUACCUGUUUUUUUGGACCAACUUCUGUUGGUAAAAGAUUUUUACCUCAUCCAUUUUGUCUAACAUCCUGGGACCAACACUGACUGAGGGUGACAUAAUUUGGUCCUUACUGUUCAGAGAUUGGUCUUAAUGCAACCCCUAAGUAACGACUGAAUAAACAACCUGGUCCAAGCUCUGCACUUAAAGGCAAAUCCAGGCUCCAUGGCCUGGCCCAAGUAGCUAAGCUUGCUACUGGGAAAGAGUACAAGGGGAGGAAUUCAUGUACGAACUUUUGCCUUUGCUAGAAUAUAGGGAAAUCGCAUUUCCAGCUCAUUCAGUUCAAUUCAUUCCAAGUCCUUCCUCAGGGCUCCUGAGCAGCAGAAUUACUUCAUAAAUCAUUUGUAAAAUGAGUCCCAUUUAUAGAUGCCCUGGAUUUUUUUCUAUCCCUCAGCAUUUAAUUUUUUUUUAAAGGCUUGCGUUGGUUUAGCUGUGGUAUAAUCUCAGUAAUACACAUUCACUUUUUAUCUAGGUUAAUAGUGUUUCUUUGGGGUUGUUAGAAAGGCUAUAAAAUGGUAUUUUCCCCAAAGUGAACAGUUAAAAAAAGUCCAACCUUUAAAAUAUUGCCAGAUCUGACUCAACUAUUUAGGUCAUUUACAUAUUUGAAUUCACAGAGUCAAAAUUCACCUCUGGUGCGUAAGACCACUACAGACAAUGCAGCAACACCAGCAAUUAAGCUGACUCAGCUGUGUUCCUGAUAUGAAACUAGCUUUUAAGAAUGUUCAUACAACCGUGAAGAGAAUAUUUUGGCAUUUGGAGGAGGAGAAGGUGGUGGUUCUGUAGGUUUUGAUAAAAAGUUUAUCACACACUUAAAUGCAACAUGAAAGAAAGCAAUGAGGUGCUUGAAAUUUGCGCAUUCGAGAGCCUUUGGACUGGAGAUCUCUGUAGGACUUUGAAGACUUUUUGGAAAAAUAUCCACACAAUAUAUGUAAUUGACCUGGGGGUAAGGCAUGGGUCUGUAGAGCUGGGUUCAAUUCCCAGCUACAGACUUCCUGUGUCACUUUGGACAAGUCACUCAGAGUGGCACUACAAGUUAAGCAUAUGCGUGUGUAUCUGUGCUUUAAGCCAAUCAUAAAAAAAACAAUACUUUUUUUUUAAUUGGAAAUGGAGAUGUUUUGUUUAGGUAAAAAAUAGUCACUUCAUCUCUAUGUACAUCAGUUCCACAUCUGUAAAAUGGGGAUACUACUUCCUUUCUACCACCCUUAGGCUGCCUUUUCUAUUUAGGCUGCAAGCUCCUCAGAGUAGGUGGUGAUCUCUCUCACUACAUGUAUAUUACUUCUGUAAUGAAAAUAUAGAUUUUGGUUGAAAAUAAGGUGCUGAAGUGGUCCAAGACACACUGUGUAGAUGAUCCACAUUGCCUUCACACUGAUUUUUUCCCUCUUUUUGGUAUAUAUUUUCCACUGUAUUAACACAGUAUUUAAAAUGUCCACUCCAUGCUGUGAUUUUAUCUCCUGUUGCCUAGAAAACUUCAUGUAUGGGCCAAGUUCUAGACAAGAGCCAGAGCAUAACAGCCUAAAGGGUAACAGUAUAAAAAAAAUACAGGGCAAGGGGUUAUUUAAGGGACAAUAGUUUAUGUAAUAUACAAUACCUUUGUACUACAGUGCACAACCCAUUGUGUGUAUAGUCCUUGCACACAUCCAUCCUUCUGUUACCAGAAGAGACUGGUGGAAUUGAUUUAAGGACCCCACCUCCCUAAAAGGAUAGAUUCCCCUGUAGGGUCUAUCACCUAUUAGUCACAGUCAAAUGAAACUUAGUCAUUUUAAACGCUGAAAACAUGCAGGAGGGUUUAUUAAGAGGGUACAUAACAAAAUAGAGAGAGAAGUACAAUAAAGCAUAAAACAGCUUGGUGGUUUUAUAAGUACAGCUGGCUUGAAGCCCAGACCCAACCCCUAACCAAUAUGGACACAACACAAAUAAAAUGUCAACGUUAUUCACUCUCUAGGAGUGACAGCUCAGGUGUAGAGGGCUCACAAUGCUCUCGUCUGUCUUGCUUCUCAAGUAACUCAGGUCAAGACCUUGAGGACAGCUACUGGAAUCAGGAACUUGAGAUGGAACAGGAGAUCUUUCUCGACAACAGACAACCAGGUGAAUGCAAACUUGUACCCUAUGCUAUGAUGAAGAGGAAUGGAGAAGAAUGCAUUGCUCAAGUCUAGUACAGUAAACAACUCAGCACCUGCAGCAAUGGCCACCAUUAUUUCCUGAAAUUUGGCUACAACUGGAGCUAACCUAGGUGUAACUCGAUUUACCUCCCGCUAGUCGAUCUCCAGGUGAAUUUGUCCGCUUUUAGGACAGGCGAUAUGGGAGUUACAGACACUAUCCAUUUCUACAAGUACCCCUUGUUCUAAAAUGGUAACUCAGGUCAAGACCUUGAGGACAGCUACUGGAAUCAGGAACUCGAGAUGGAACAGGAUAUCUUCCUCGAUGACGGACAACCAGGACACCCCUGAAAAUACCCCAGAUGUCCCUGACGACGUGACAGAACCACCAGACAUUAGGGACCAGGACCUGGAGACUAAUUCACAGGCAGAACUAGAUUCUCUGCAACCAGAACAUGUUACCAAUGAUGGUGAGAUCAACAGCUGGGUGGAGAUGGAGCAGCCAAACUUCAUGCUGGCCCGAGUGGCUGAGACUGAGCUGGAGAAGAUGCGGCUGGAUAUGGAGCUGACUAUGCUGAAGUGUCAAUAUGAGGAGAAGGAAAAGCAGCGGCAGCACAAAGAGAAGAUGGAGCAGAUGCGCCUGCAGGCAUCAUCUGGACAUCCUGCUGAAGGAUGCCUGGACCUCCUCAUGCCCCAGAACCAAUUUGCUUUGUUCCUGUAUUGCUUCAUCUUCAUACAUGUUAUCUACACAGCAAGGGACCUGUUGCUCUUCUUUGCUAAGAAGCAUCACCUAUUCAUCAUUGUGGUUACCUUGUUAUAUUUAAUUAAAAAGCUCUGGGAUUAUUUGUGUUGCUCUUAGUUCUUCCUCUGCAAGGUCUACAUUGUUGAAGCCUGAUUGAUAUAUACAGUGUUCUGAUAGUAAGGCGAUAGGCAUCAUAUAAGGAUAAGUGAAGUAUUACAUGAAGCCAGAUUUUUCAAAAGUAGACACUGAUUUUUGAAUUACUUCAGUGUUUGUCUUGACUUCCCCAUGCCCGAAAAGUCACUGUUGUUAAUGAUAUUGUCCAUCAAUUGUGCAGAAUUGUCCUUCUAAUCCAGCAUAGUUAGAAAUUAGACAUGCUAAUGAUUUAUUAGGUCAUUAGAUUGCCCUUGUCGGAGCUAACUCAGCAUUGUUUCAUACAGUAUAUUCUCCAAUACUUUGUCCAGUUGCAUUUUAAAUAUUCCAGGCAAAAGAGACCUGCAUUUCCUGUGGGAAGUUAUUCCACAGUAUCACACCUCUCACCACUGAGGAGUUUCUUCUGACUUUUCCAUUUCACAGUUUCAUGCCUUUAUUUCCAAUUACACUGCAGGGCUCAAAGUAAACCACCACCAAAGGGGAAAGCAGUCACUAGGCUGAGAAAGGGGUGUCAGGAGCACUCAGGGGAGAUGGGAGAAGUGACAUGAGUUCCCAUUUCAAGCCCUGAUACCUUGUUGGGAAUCAGUGCAAGGUAGUGUGAAUCUAGUCUUCCUUUGCUUUUGCCAAAAUUGAAACAAAAAGUGAAGUCGAAACAAACUUUGAGUCACCAAAAAUUUUGGAAAAUUUCAAAUGUCAGUUCAGCACGAAACAAUUUUUCCAUUUUUCAGAAUUGCCUGUGAACGAAAACAUUUUUUCUUCACCCAGUUCUAGUGAAGAAAAUUGUCAGUCAUCCACACCAGGCCAGGUCUGCCCCUACCCUCUUUCUGUUCCCUUUAAGGAACCUAGUGCCAGCAGCAGUGCUAUCAUGGAACAAUGCUAACACUACCAAUCCAGAUUGUGCCUGACGCCUGUCAGUAGGACAAGGCUCCUUGGAGUGUUUAAUUUGUAAUGAAAGAGGUGCCAACGCUCAAGCAAUUUUUUUUUUACUUUUAUAAAAGAUGCAGUAAGUCCAGAGGUGCCAUGGCUGUGAACUGCCAAGCCUAGAGGUGCUGGGGCUCAAACCUGGCAAGCCCUGGCACAAAUUAAGCACUGGCUUCUUGUGCCUUUGAUUAGGGCCUGGCUCAUUCUAUCCUUUCGGAGAGAGUCAUAAAAAUCAAAUAAUUUUGAUGAUUUGUACAACAUGUAUUUUUCUCCUUCUUUGGGACACAAACUAAGACUGGGUACAAUGAUUUUUCCCCAACAUGCACAUGUGAUGGCUACCAUCAAGGGCCACACCUCACCAGGGACUGCCAGAGUGGAAAGUAUGAAUCUCUACAGCCUGAUCUUAAAAGCCAGGCUCUUAGAUUGAGAAUUACUGCACAACCACAUCCUCUAUGGGUCAAGCACAGAGGGAGAUUCAUGUAGUCAAACACACUGAUCAGUAGCUUACAAUAUAUACUUUCUUUGGGCAGAGCUCAUCCCCCAUGUCUGAGGCCCACUGCCAUUUGAAUCUCAACACGUCCCUAUUUAUGUAACGCUGCUAUUUUGGCCGGCGCAGGGUAUCAAAUAAGGAACCUGCAGCAUUAAACACAGGAGUUGCUAUAGGUUGUGCUAAAGAGCCUACCUUUAGAGGUAGGGGUUAUAGCAGAGUCAUAUCCUUGGAUAGGGAAUCAAGGGGGACACCACACAUUCUCCAGGGUGUUACACACACUCAUAAAUGUGAUUGGACUUGCCCUGUCUUGCUCUCCUGCCUGUCCCAUAUAGAGACUCCCAGUCUAAAAGCAGGGCACAGUAU